UGGAUAGUUUGCCGCAAGCUCGUCGCUGGACCCGCUACUUUGCAGACAAACUAGUCUGUCCGUCAAUGAAAAUGUCUGUCACAGCCGAAUACGAACAUAUGGGCCGAGCUGUAGCAGACGGUGCCCGAUGUUACACAGGAUGGCUCUUUUAAUUGCGUGCAAGAACGGCCAGCUGCAAGAAGUUCGGCACCUUGUUGAACAAUGCGGAGCGGACGUUAAUCAACCCGGCCAACUCAUGUGGGAGGAAGGUUACGAACAAGCUCUAGCUUUACCUCUGCAUACCGCUGUUAUCGCCGGACAUUUGGACGUGGUUCAAUAUCUCGUUGAGGACUACAAAGGGCUAACUCCUCUUCACGUCGCCGUCAUUUCUUUGGCUGAUCAAGUUCAAAAAGACGUCAUCCGUUGCCUGGCGAAAAACGGUGCAGAUCUGUCCGCCAACGACAGCAACGGUAACUCUUGCUGGGCAUUGACAUUCGACGUCGAUGUGAUAAAACUUCUCAUUGAACUUGGCAUGGACAUUCAUGAGACGACGAAUGAGUUGUUGGAGACGAUCGUUGAAGUAUGGGCCUGCUCACCGGAUCCGAGUGCAAUCGAAGUGAUGCAGCUGUUAUUGGACAAAGGCGCUGACUUCCACAAGGAAAACUGCGAAGGCUUGACUCCUCUAAUGGUGGCCGCAAUAGGCGCAAGUUGUCAACAAAAUUGGCCCGUUUUCGAAUUCAUUUUGACACAAGAAGAGCAACCCUUUAGCCGACCUGAUAAGAUCAUGGCACUCGAAUUAAUGGGAGCUUUUUACAUCAACACCGGGGAUUCGGGAAAUGGAUUGUUUUGCUGGAGGAUGGCCAUGGGAUUCCGUUUUGAUGUGUCGCCUGCCUUGUCUAAGCCUACUACAGUUCUGUCUGAAGUCGCUGGCAAGGCUUUCGACGCCUCAGAAGUGGAAAAUCUUGAACAACUGGAAGAAAUGGCCGUUUUCGAUCCUGAUUCUCUGAUAGUGCAGGCUUUAUUGAUUAUCUAUCGCAUUCUGGGAAUCAACAGCUACCAAACUUGGGAAUGUCUUACCAAAUACGCUCUCGAUUGCUGGGCUUUGAAUGACGGGCGUCGCUUUCUGAACAUUUCAAUGCUCGUUCUCGAGUGCAGCCAGAUGGAACAGGAUCUUUGGAUUACAACUGUUGAUACCAUUCGUCGGUUAGCGAUGUCAUUCCACAGUCUACGCAGGGAAGAAUCUGAUGCAGAAGAUCGUCAACUUGUCUCCUUUCCCAAUGUCAUGGCUGUUCUGCGUUGCGCAGCCAAUGAACUGCAUCGUUAUGCAAACUCAUACAACGACUACGACGAUGGGGAAAGUUGUAACAUUCUGCUGGACUGCGUGAUUCAACUGACGAUUGCUCUCAUUUCUUUGACUAUGACAGACGAGGAGAGUUUCGAGUUGAAACGAUGCUUAUAUCAGCUUGUCCGCCUGGAUGAAAGGAGCAGUCGCAAUGGCUACAAUCUUCUUUUGCUUGCCUGCUCAUCGUCGAGCUAUUAUUUCAGUUCCCUGGAAUUGGAAAUGAUUGACAGUCUUAAUAUCCAUGUUGGACAAUUACCUUCAGCUGAAGUUAUUCGUGUUUUGCUGGAAGUAGGAGCUGAUCCUGAUUCGAAAGACACGAUAGGUAACACGGGCCUUCACGUCUUGGCAAGAGCUGGUGAAACCUUUACGUCACCCACGGUCUUAGCGUUAUUCGAAGCUGGGGCUCACCUCGAUCAGACCAACGUGAUGCGAGAGACCAUGGCCGAUAUACUUCAUAAAGAUUCACCUCGCCAGGCAAAUACUAUUUUUCUUACCCCACUGGAAUUUCCAUCACUCAAAUGCCUUUCUGCUCGUGCAUUCCAUAAGCACAAUAUGUGUAGCACCUUCUUCGAUCUCAUCCCUUCAAGUCUGUACGACUUCAUCCUUCAACAUUGAUUUUCCAGUUGGAAAAAGUUUUUUGUUUGUUCUGUCAAACAUAAUAAAUUACAAAAUUCAUUUGUUUGUUCUGUCAAACAUAAUAAAUUACAAAAUUCAUUUGAGGGUGAUCAAAAUACAAAAUUAUAACAUAUA